UGAACUGAUAAACUGGCCGUCAAUUAGCGGAGAACUUGCACCGGUGAGCACCUGCACACAGCACAAGAAGAUAAACGAUGGAGUGGCGCCAGCAGACCAGUGUCAGCUGUGCAGACGCGUUCAACGAGGCUCAACGCUGGAUUGAGGAAGUGACUGGAAAAUCGUUUGGUUGCAAAGACUUCCGUGCUGCCUUAGAGAAUGGAGUCCUGCUUUGCGAUUUGAUCAACCAGUUGAAGCCUGGCAUCAUUAAGAGAGUAAACAGGCUUUCUACUCCCAUUGCUGGUUUGGAUAAUGUGAAUGUGUUCCUGAAAGCCUGUGGGAAGCUGGGACUGAAUGUGUCUCAGCUGUUCCAUCCAGGAGACCUGCAGGACCUGUCCACCCGUGCAAACCUCAGGGGAGAUGAAAGCAACAGAAGACUCAAAAAUGUUCUGAUCACAAUCUACUGGUUGGGUCGUAAAUCUCACGAUGCUUUCUACAGCGGCCCUCAGCUGAACUUCAAAGCCUUUGAAGGGCUGUUGGGGUUGGCCUUGUCCAAGGCUCUGGAUGAGGGCAGUAACGUGUUUGUAAAAGAGUGCUGUGACCCAGAGAGGGACUGUCGGCACACCGACUCUCAGGACUCCAAAGCCCCCCGCCCAAACAGUGAAGGCUGUGGAAGUGACGCAGAAGCUGAGCAGGUGUUCAAGAUGGAGACCACACAGCAAAACAAAGGAUAUAUUCCACCACCACUUCUGCGGAGAAAACAAGGACGGGAGAGUGAAAGGGGCUGCACGAGUCCACUCGCCAGGAGCAAAUCCCUCACUGACAUCCCGAUGUCAUACCCUGUUCGCAAAGGUCCCGACGCGAACACCAUCUAUGACGUGGACCAGGACCCGGACGUGGCCGGGGAGUGGACUCAGGACAACAAACGGAGGUGUAGCGUCGCUGCCAGGGACAGUGAAGCUCAGUGGCAGGAUGAUUUGACAAAGUGGAAGAGCCGCCGCAGGAGCACCAAGUCUGACCGCAGGAAGUCACAAGACAGAGAGCACGUCAUUAACCAGAUGGCCAACGGAGCUGUGAUGAAGCAGCAAGGACAAGGCGGACCGCUCAAGAGAGACCAGCCGUCACUGCGCAGGUAUGACUCGGCCCCUCGUCCUUACUCCACCUCUCCUCCUGCAAAAUCCUUGAGCUCUGAUCUGCGGCCACGUACUCGCGCUCUGCUGGCCCGCAGCUACGCAACAGAGGCCCACAACUCGGCCCACACUCAGGGACCAUCAGUUGGAGUCAUGCCUGCCUCUGGUGGGAACGUCCUGGGAGAGGAGACCCACUUUGCGUCCCUGGCUUCAGACGGAGCCGGAGUGACCACCCCUUCCCCGGAGUACCCGUUCAGCUCCCAGACUCAAGUCAAAGCUCAGGGUGGCCCGGCAGAGAAAGUUUUCACAAACCAAAUCUCCACUCUGACCACAACUUUACAGCCAAAUGUGACCACAAAGUCCGCCCCCACCAGGAUUCCUACUGAAUCCAUGUCGGGUCACAAGGAGCUUCCAGUCUGCGUCGAUCCAAAAGUUCCCACUUUUCCCUCCGAUGCUGGUAAUCCUGAUGCUCCAGAGGGCUUGUCCCACCAGAACCACAAGUCCCAGGAAGAGAUCCAGAAGACCUCUUGGGAACCAGCUGUGGAGCAGAGCAGAGGCCAGCAGGCUGCAGGCAUCAACAAGUACUUGUCCAGAACCGGGUCGUGGUCCGGCUCAGCCAGUCUUCCUCGUGGUUACCGCAGGUCCGAAGGCUCCUCUCGUCUCUCUUCUGCCAUCACCGCCAGGCCGUUUGGGACCAAGCAGUCCAGGCUGUCCUCACUGCCGAGACUCUGCAGCGUCGACAACAACCAGGGUGUGCUGCUGACAAGUGAGAGAGGGGAAUCUAUUUCUCCAACCACUAAAUCUUUGCUCAAAAGACAGACUGCGACCGCCCAUCUGACGGUCCAGCACCACAACGGUCCAGAACAGGCAGACGAGGUGAAAGGUGGAGCUCUCCCCAGGCAGACCAACGGCUACCACCACCAGCCCGUCACCCACACCCCGCUACUGCCACAGCCUUAUUCUAACCUGCAGACCCACCACAAUAAAAGCUCAACUCUCCCUUCUAAUGCAAGCGUUGACUUCUCUAAGGUGGAUCACAGUGACAUGAGAGUGAGCCUUACUCUUAAACCCAACAGCAGACCAGACUUUGGUUUCCAGACUCAUUGGGACUCCACAGGGGCGAGAGUCAAAUUCAUUCAAGCCGGCAGUCCGGCGGAGCUCUGCCAGCUGUGUGUGGACGAUGAGAUUGUGGCUGUUAACGGAGUCGCCGUGGCACACAUGAACUACAGCCAGUGGAAGGAUAAAAUGACAUCAUCCCUGCAAACCGGCAGCCUGACCAUGGACAUUCGGCGAUACGGCAACAAGGAUUGGAGCACCGGUGAAGGGAGUCACUACAGCCAGCCAGGCCAGAGCAGGGUGACCCUCAAUCUGACUUCGGCAGCACCUGUUCUGAUAGGUUGCCCUGAUCUCCAGGCCAGCAGCGGUGGCUCUGUCGAAACCGCAGACAGGAAAGUGUCCAAAUUCAGUGGGCAGACAGACCAUGUUUUACAAGGUAAAGUCAUGCAUGGAGAGCCUGCUGACAACCACAAGGCAGCCGCAAGUAAAGAUUUUAAUGUUAGCACGAAAAAUCAGAAAAGGAGGGAAGAGUUUUUCAAUCAGAAAGGAGGUUCAGAAUCUGCGAUAUCUGAUCUCCAGGUGCCAUCCCUCAGCCCCUCCUCAUCCAGCUGGUCGUGGGACCGCGAGGAGGAUCGAAGGCGUCAGGAGAAGUGGCAGGAAGAGCAGGAGCGCCUCCUGCAGGAGCAGUAUCAGCGGGAUCAGGAGAGGCUUGAAUCUGAGUGGAAGAGGGCACAGCAAGAUGCAAAGGAGGACUUCUACAGGGAGUCAGGGCCGAGCACAUUUAAGACGACCAACGGUGGUGAGAGCCCUGCCAGCAGCCGGCUCCGUGUGAAUGGAUUGACAAACAAAACCAGAGAAGAAGAGCAGAGAUCUGACAGAGAAGAGCUGAAAGAAGUCGGAUCAAAACCUCAAAGUAAUUCUCAAGGAGAGCAGCAUGACAAGAUUUCUGAACAAGCCUGGGCUGAGGACUCCUGUGGCUUUGCUCAGUUGUCUCCUGCACACAGGGCGAAGUCCUUGUCUACCCCAGCAUUAGCCGGCCCCCACAAACAGAUGAGAGAUGAUGAGAGGACAAGAAAAGGACAGUCUGUGUCAAGGGUUGAGAAAGACAGGCAGCAGAUUUUGGAGGAGAUGAAGAAAAGGACUCAGCUUCUGACUGACAACAGCUGGAUACGUCAGCGCAGCAGCAGCUUCUACAAGGAGCCGAUCUACGUCGGGGUUCCUAUGAAGAGGUACGAGUCUAUGGACGACCUGGACACUUUGCGUCAGUCCCCGACUUUGACUGCUACUUUCAGUUACCCUCGUCCCCACUCUGCUGCUGCAGGUUACAGUGCUCCCAGUAGGAACUCUUCCUCCCGCUACAGCACUGGAUCCAUGUUAUCCCAGAGAAAUACUUUUGACUCCUCUCAUCUGGGCAGGAUGGUCAGUGGCAGGAGGAGUUGCUGUGUGUGUGAGCGUGUCCUGGGUAGUGGGGCAGCCAUGGUCGUAGAGGCCCUUAGUCUCUGCUUCCACCUCGCCUGUUUCCAGUGUGUGGGCUGCCACCGACAUCUCGGAGGAACUGAAAAAGGAGUCCAGGUUCGAGUCCGAAACGGGAAGCCCUACUGUGAGCCCUGCUACUUCCAACUCAAGUCCGCUGGUGCUCCCUCCAUGUGACCAACAGACUGUACUUCAGAUCACAGAGGAAACAGCCCAAUCACUGGAAACUCCUGUUGGAUAAAACUACAAUAUGAUGCGAUAUAAUAUCUUGUAAACCUGUGGAUCCAUAUGCAAAGUAGACUCUUAAUGGCUGUUUUUUUUAAUGAAAUAUGGUACUAGGGUUUGUCUGUCCCCUUUUCUGCUAAUUUGUUUCCAAUAAAAUGUAGAUUUAAUAUAUGAAAUAAAGUAAUUAUGGGGAUUAUUAGUGUUUGUUUAAUGAUUUUAUUUUAAUGUUAGUGUUGCUAUUUGUCAUAUGCUUGUGUUCAUAUAUGAUAUUUGUCCAAUAGCAUAUUAAAGAUAUCGGAUCUUUCUUGUUGAUGUAACCCAUGUGGCACAUUUUAAUUUGUACUGAAGCACUUUCUGUUCUGUUGUAAUCUCACCAAGUGCACUUUGGGAUAAAUCAGUGGUAAAUAUAAAGCUUGUAUUUCUCUUGUGAAAAUGGGUAAUCUUAACUGAAAUGUUUUCGUAAAUAAAGUGCACUGAACAUCA